GUGGCAGUGGUGCGCUUGAUGGUGAUAGUUUAUCGGAGAAGAAGUCGUAUCAUUACACUGGCGCGUAUGGCAUUACAAGCUAGCGCUAGUGGUUAAAGAUACUUAAGAUCUUUAUCACACUAAAUUUUUGAGGCAAAAUGCCUCGCUAUGCACAGUUGGUGAUGGGCCCGGCUGGUAGCGGGAAGAGUACGUACUGCUCCACCAUGACCCAGCAUGCAGAGGCUCUGAACCGCUCAGUCCAGGUGGUGAACCUGGAUCCAGCAGCAGAACACUUUGAUUACCCUGUUAUGGCAGACAUCCGCGAGCUCAUCCAGGUGGACGAUGUCAUGGAGGAUGAUUCUCUCAGGUUCGGCCCCAACGGAGGCCUGGUGUUCUGCAUGGAGUACUUUGCCAACAACUUCGACUGGCUGGAGGAAAGCUUGGGUCACGUGGAAGACGACUACAUAUUGUUUGACUGCCCGGGUCAGAUUGAACUGUACACUCACCUGCCUGUGAUGAGGCAGCUGGUGGAGCAGCUCCAACAGUGGGAGUUUCGGGUUUGCGGAGUGUUUUUGGUCGACUCACAGUUCAUGGUGGAGUCUUUUAAGUUUAUCUCAGGAGUCAUGGCUGCCCUCAGCGCCAUGGUGUCCCUAGAAAUUCCACAAGUAAACAUCAUGACAAAGAUGGACCUGCUGAGUCCCAAAGCCAAGAAGGAAAUAGAAAAGUAUCUGGAUCCAGACAUGUACUCAAUGAUGGAGGACAGCUCUCAUACAAUCAGAAGCACUAAGUUCAAGAAGCUGACCAAAGCUAUUUGUGAUCUUAUAGAUGACUACAGCAUGGUAAGGUUUCUGCCCUUCGACCGGACAGAUGAGGAGGGUAUCAACAUAGUGCUGCAGCACAUCGACUUCUCCAUUCAAUAUGGGGAGGACCUGGAGGUCAAGGAGCCAAAGGAAGGUGAUGAAGAACCAUCUAAUCUAAAUUAUGAUGAGAUAUUCCAAGACACGUCUGGCAGCUGAGGGACCAAAAGAAGCUGGAAUCCAGAUGUUUAUGUAUCAAAGUUGAGAACGAUGUUUGACCUAAAAGGUUGCAUUUGACUGCACGAUUAAGAAAAAAAAAGAUUGAGGAUUGUUUUUAUGUUGGAAAAAUUGUUUUACCCUCAUGGUUUAGUUUUUUUUGUUUUGUUUUGCUUCUGUGUAAACUUUGAUUCACUAGAAAACUCGGAUUUAUUAUGAAAGAAAUAUAUAAUGCUAUUUAUUUUUUCUAAUAAAAUUAAUAAAACACA